AUGGAGGAUGUCACUGUUGACAUUGGAAAACCUCUGAAUGCUUGCAAUUUGAAGAGUAUGGGGGUGAUUGAGAAAGUCAGGGCUAAACCCACUCUAGACAUAUCUUGGGAAGCACUCAAGGAUCAGAGGAAGAUUCCCAACGUCCUCUACCUCUUCUCCAAGAUUGACCCUCCAAAAGUGGUGGCACACUAUCUGCAAGACCUUGUAAGCCAAGGGGUUGAUAUUUCUGAGUUCUCUGUGGAUUGGCUACCUGAACGUCCACCUAAUUUCAUGAAGAGACAACGGGAGCCAUCUAAGAAGUCCAAGAAGGCAAAGAAGGCAAAAUUGGGAGAAACGUUUGGGUCAAGACCUCCAGUCCCUCUGACUGAUUCUCCAAGCACCGAACCCUCUGACCCUCAAUCUCCCACACUAGCCCAACUUCAGGCACGUGUUCUUGCUUCACAAAAGCCACCACAACCUGAACCAGAAGCCACUACUCCACCCCCUGAACAACCAGCAAAUCCACCAUCUGAACAACCACAAACACCACCUCCUGAACAACCAACAACUUCACCCUCUGAACAACAACCUAUUCCACCACCUGAACAAACAACACCACCACCCUCUGAUAUUCACACCAUACCAACCUCUGAGGAAAUCAUCAUCCCUACUCCUCAAACUCCUGCUGACACCAACCAAACACCACCAUCAUCCCCAUCCCCUAACCAUGAAGCAGGACCUGCCUUCCCCACCUUAGAAGAAGCAAUCACUUUAUUUGCAGAGUCUUCAGUGGAGAAGAUCAAGUAUAUGUCUAUCAACUCUGGCAUCACUGAGGCAAAAGCAAAAGCCGGAGCUGAAGAAGCAGCACGCAUUGCUACAGAGGAAGCUGCAAAGGCCAGCACUGAUGCUCUGACUCAAGGGGAGCAAUCUAACUCUGGUUUCUCCCCUCUGUUGGAUUUCGUCGCUCACUUGUAUUUCUUCUGUUUAUUUGCAGCGAUUCCUCUAGGCCUUGUGGAUCCUUCUCCUGCCAAAGAACCUACUUCUUCGACACAAGAGGCUCAGUCGUCAUUUCCUCUUUUGCAGUCUGCUCCUGAGAAAUCCUCUGAUGAUGAUGAGCGCCCUAUUUCUCAAGUCUUGAAAAAACUCAGUUCUUCGGGUCAACCACGUUCGAUAGACCCCACUGUCUCCUCUCACUCCAAAAAAUCCAAAAAACACAAACGCUCUGCCGCCACAGGAUCUGAGCCAACUUCCCAGCCAUCUUCUCAGCACAAAUCCAAAAGCCACCAUGGCCACAAAAGGAAGAAGCACGAUUCUCCCUCUAGGAGUGGCGAAACCAAGAAAAAGAAACACCAUAAAGUUCUCACUCUAGAGGCUCCUGUUGUAGAUGCCAACACUAUUAUGGUCGACACUUCCAUUCUCAGCAAGGCACUAUUGAAAUCUUGA